AUGAUAUUGGCUGGAGACGUUAAACACUUUCUUUCUUUCUUUCUUUCUUUCUUUCAUUCUUUCUUUCUUUCUUUCUUUCUUUCUUUCUCCAAAACCAAGAAUCCUCUCUUAUCUCACGUUAAACACUUUUUCUUUCUUUCUUUCUUUCUUUCUUUCUUUCUUUCUUUCUUUCUUUCUCCAAAACCAAGAAUCCUCUCUUAUCUCACGUUAAACACUUUUCUUUCUUUCUUUCUUUCUUUCUUUCUUUCUUUCUUUCUUUCUUUUCUUUCUUUCUUUCUUUCACUGAAACUAAGCUUUUCUGAUAUGUCUUUGUUUUCCACGUCAAGACAAAAUUACCAUAUUGUAUUCAUGCUAAUCAAGCAGCUUUUUCUUUCUUUCUUUCUUUCUUUUCUCCAUCUCACGUUAAACACUUUUUUUUUCUUUCUUUAUUUCUUUCUUUCUUUCUUUCUUUCUUUUUCUUUCUUUCUUUCUUUCACUGAAACCAAGAUAUGUCUUCUCUACGUUAAACACUUUUUCUUUCUUUCUUUCUUUCUUUCUUUCUUUCUCUCAAAACCAAGAAUCCUCUCUUAUCUCGAGACGUUAAACACUUUUUCUUUCUUUCUUUAUUUCUUUCUUUCUUUCUUUCUUUCUUUCUUUCUUUCUUUCUUUCUUUCUUUCACUGAAACUAAGCAGCGAGACGUUAAACACUUUUUCUUUCUUUCUUUCUUUCUUUCUUUCUUUCUUUCUUUCUUUCUUUCUUUUCACUGA